UUGUUGUUGUUGUUUUUGUUUUGUUUUCUUUUUUUUCCCCCAUCUGUGUUUAGUAUCAUUGCGAAACUUUUGGCCAGGCGCAGGACACGCCCUCAUCUCCACUCUCCUCUGGUAUAAAGAACACUGACGCUGACCCGUUUGCCUCCAGAAGCGCCGAAGAAAGAACAUCAGCAGAAGAACGUGCCCUAAAUGAGGAAAAAAAAAAAACCCAGACUGGACCAUUAAAAAUUACUAAUAUUCACAAGUUGACACAAUGCUGCAUUCCAAGGGACCCUCUGCAGUCGAAAGGCAGCAGUUGCAGGAGCUGAACAACAGGCUGACCCAGUAUCUGCUAAGAACGCAGCAGCUGGAGCGAGAGAACGCGCGGCUCGUGGCACAGGUCAGCACCAUGAGGCAGGAGCGGGCGGCCCAGUACGUGGAUGAGAUGCGAGACCUCAGGGGGAGGCUGGAGCAGCUGCGUUUCGAGAAGUCCCAGGCUGAGAUGGAGAGGGAAGGGCUGAGGAGGGAGCUGCAGAGGGUCCAAAGCGCGUGCAGCGACCACAGCGAGGUCCAGCGGAACGUGAGCGGCCAGCUGCGGGGACAAGGAAAGGGUCUUCGGCUUUCCCACAGGACCAACAGUGAGCUGCAGCGGCGUUUACUGCAGCUCCAAGGUGAGUACACAUCUAUGGAGGACGCGCACAGGCGAUGCAUUCAGGAGGCCUGGCAUCAUCUGGACGUCGAAGUCACCGUCAACAUCUCAAAGAACUACCGCGGGGCCCCGGGGGACUUCAAGGGAGAGGUGCAAGAGUGCGUCCGCAGUAAGUUCGAGGGCUGGAUAAAGAACUUUGACAUGUACCAGCGGAGGAUGAAUGAACUGGACCAGGGCUUGGAAGAGGACCAGGCUUUGCGAAGUGUCUUGCAGGCGGAAAAGAUAACGUACGCGUCGCUGAUUGAACAAUUGAACACAGAGGCGGAAAAACAGAUGCUUCUGGAGGAGCAGCUGAUGGCGAUGCAGGAGAAGUCCCAGAGGGAUUUGGUCGAAUACCAGGGGAUAAUCGCGGAGCUGCAGCAGGAGAGGGACUUAAUCGCCGACAUUUUAGCCGAAAAGGUUGAAGAGCAUCGGCACCUUCUACGAAACAAGAUGGAUCUGGGCAUGGAGGUUGCUGCCUACAGGGCUCUACUGGAAGGGGACAGAGUGAGACUACAUGAUUCUCAGAGCACGGUGAUUCAACAUCAAAGAGAAAGACUAGAUAUGAAAAUACCGGCUAAACCCGACCCGAGAUCUCCUGUUCUAACCACACGAAACCAGAUGAGGUUUACCGAGCCGGCAAGGAGCUUGACGAGAUGUCAUGUGCUUCACCCCAGUCCAGUCCAGUCCCCUCUACACCCCUCUACAAAUACCUUUCCUGUAUCAACUGGUCGUAGAUCAUGUCACCAGAGUCCUGACUCCAGAAAGGACAUGAUUUCAUUUAUGAAAGCCCGUGCAGCUGCUUCUUCACCCAAUCCUAUGACCGUAACCACCGCAGCCACUGCCAAAAAUACGCCCACAGACGCGAGUCAAAGUGUACAGCUGACAUCCGACGAGGCGGUGAAACCAAAACAGGACUUCAGGGAGCGUACCCAAUCAGGUGCCAUCCCAUUUUCCCAGGCUGAGAUGGAAUCAGUAGAAGUGGUGUCACCACCGAUAAUGGGCCUAAAUAUGAAAAUCACAGCAGAAACGUCAAAGCCUAUACCAGAAGAUUCCAACUAUUUUGGGAAGAAACCCCAACUGGGUGAUGACGCAGUUAAUACGCAUAUUGAACUGGAGUCCAGGGAGGAAGAGGAAGUGUUGGAUGUUGGCAAAGAAUCAGCCCAGAACAGACUUCGGAGUGGGGGGGUAAAGAUAUUGCCACUAGAGGGCACUGAAGACAUGGCAGCAAGGAGUAUGACCGUUUACCCGUCUAGUCAGCCGCAAGGCACUGAAAACCGAAAGAAGAAUGUGGAAGUCGGUGAAGAUUUUGUGGACUCUCGUUGUGUUGGUGGAAGGGCGAAACAAAUGUCCAGGUCAUCUUCGAAGGAGCCUGCCUCAAAGUAUUUUCAGACUGAGGAGGCCUCGUAUGACACACACAUGCAAACUGGCAAUGACGACAUACACAUAUACUAUUCACCCGAAACAGAUCCCUCCAAGAUCGAAUCGCUGUAUGUACAAGAUGUUUCUGGGGAAGGCGAAUUUCCAUACAUCUUCCUGGAUGAUGAAUCUGCCGAGUAUUUCGUCUCCACACCAGAUGAUAGUCUUUCGCUGACGGAGGACGGUGAGGGAUUUACUGCUUAUGACCAAUACGGCGCCAAAGAUGAUCUUCCUAACGUGAGGGACGAACGUGAUGAAAGUGACUGCGACGAAUAUAAAUUCAUGUCAAGUUUUACAGAGAGUUCUCCCGAAUGUGUUAUCGAAGAGGAGGUUUGUGUUUCCCCGGUGGUGCAGAAGUCAGUGCUUGAAAUCCUACGAGAAGGCUCACUGAAGCCCAAGGAACAGUUAAAGGGAGCUUUGGAGAAACUUCAAAGCUCACUUACUGGACCCCUGAAGGAGGAGUUAGAAUUCCUCACCAAAGUGAGCGCUGAACAUCCUGAGAAUGUAGCGGUCAACAUCAGAACACUGGAGCAGUCAGGCGACGACAAAACCAUGACUAUUGUAGCGGAGCUGAAUUUUUCUCAAACUCUUGAAGACCCGAGUCUGCUGGAUGAAGAUGACGAUCUGUCUGAGGAGCAAAUAAACGCAGCGCUCACGAUGUUCCAUCAAAGAAUCUGAAAAAGCCAUGUCUUCAGCAGCUCCUGGGUUGCCAGUCUGAGUCGUCAUCACAGCAGGAGCAAAUCUGGGAGAUUACCGCAAAUGCCAGGAGAAAAAGGGAGGCUGCGAUCCACCGGAUAGCUAAUAAAGUUUAGCAUUAAUAUUUACACUUACAUUAUAUCUAAUAUGGCUAAUUGGGGUCAUUUCUAUGUUUAUUUUCUAAAUUUUG